AUGCUAUAUGAGAUCAAUAACCCAUAUAUAUCUAUAUACCGCACGGCCCAGGAUCAGCUCAACAGUAGCGCUGCAGACGCCCGCGUCAUACUAACCAGCAGGCUUACACUAGCCCUAGAGACUGGGCAGGACCGCCGCAGGGAGAACGUACCUACUAGCGAUGAGCUAGGCCUAGUGAUACCUGACGCAGCAGGUGCAGAGACGUCCCGUCCCAUCGUCCUAGCGGCCCGUAACUCCAGCGCCCUGUUUACUAUCAGCGCCGCCCACCCAUCUUACAUGCCGCUACACUACGUACUGAUGUUUCCCCACGGGGAUUCUGGGUGGCGGCCGGGGCUAACGCUCCGUAACCAGGACGGAUCCCGUCUGCAGACGUCGCUGACCCAGCAAACCUACUAUCGAUACUAUCUACACCCCCGCCCUGGGCAGACUACAAAUCCGUUCCGCUUCUACAGGCUGUUUCAGCAGUACGUUGUGGAUAUCUGGGCUAUCUGCGACCAGGCCCGGCUGGCCUGGAUCCGAGCAAACCAGGCACAGCUGCGGGCAGACCUGUAUAGCGGUGUUGCUGAUGCCGUUAUGGGCAACAACGACGCCCAGGCAGGCCCUGUUGGACGCCGCGUUGUCCUGCCGUCGUCCUAUCUAGGCAGCUCACGAUUUGUCAGCCAGUGCUAUCAGGACUCUAUGGCUAUCGUCCGUCGAUAUGGCCGCCCUACCCUGUUUAUCACUUUUACAGCUAGCCCAUACUGGCCAGAGGUUGCCCGUGAGCUCCGCCCUGGGGAGACAGGCCUGAAUCGGCCUGAUCUAAUCUGCCGGGCCUUCCAUCUGAAGGUGCAGAAGCUAGUAGCUGAUGUGAAGAGCAACCUGUUCGGCACCCAUCUGGGCCACGUGUACACGAUUGAGUACCAGAAACGGGGCCUGCCCCAUAUACACCUGCUGCUGUUCCUGACCCCACACAACCGCAAGGCGUUCACGGAUCCUGUAACAAUUGAUAGCACUAUCCGGGCUGAGAUCCCUUCCCCUGUGGAUGACCCAGACGGCCUGCUUACAGAGGUUGUACGGACCUUCAUGCUUCACAGGCCAUGUAGGGAGCACAAUCUGCAGGCCCCGUGUAUGGUGCCUCAGCGCGACAGCGCCCCGCCGCAGUGCUCUAAGAACUUUCCUAAGCGUUACUGCCUAUCUACAGUGGUCCAUAAGGACGGGUACCCUGAGUAUCAGCGCCGGGAUAAUGGCUGCACGCUUGCUGUACGGUGUAAGGGCCGUAUUGUACACCUUAAUAACAGCUGGGUUGUCCCGUAUAACCCUGGUCUGCUCCGUAAGUACUGGGCCCAUAUCAAUGUAGAGGUUUGCGGCACUAUCCACGCUAUCAAAUACGUCCACAAGUACAUCUACAAGGGCACUGACAGGGCAGUACUAAACGUCUCAGAAGCAGAUGAGGUUAAGCAGCAUCUAAACGGGCGAUAUAUCAGUCCAUCUGAGGCUGUUUGGCGGCUGUUUGGCGGCUGUUUGAGUACCCAGUACACAUGGAGCGGCCCACUGUAG